AUGUCACAGAAUUCGCUUAUCACUUUAGGAUAUCAGCGACGAUCAGAAUUAUUAAUAAAUGAUAAUGUUAGUUACGAUGAUAAUGGUUAUGGCGAUGAUGAUGAUAAUAAUAAGGAUGAUAAUGAUGGUAGUGUUGAUAAUGAUGGUGGUGAUGAUAAUGAUAAUGAUGGUGGUGGUGAUAAUGAUAUUGACGAUGAUAAUAAUGACUUGCAAUGGUGA